AUGCUGAGGAACGGCACGCACAGAAGCAUGUACCAGAGAGAGGAGGCGAGGCUGCGCAGCAGGAGUCUGGUUGUGGCUCGGGAGAGGAAACACCUUGCUCUGUGCAUUAAUAACCAGGAAGAAGUGAAGAGGUAUCACCGCGACUGUAAUCACAGCGGAGGGAAGGCAGUUCCCAAGGUGGAGAGAAGCCACCCUUGGAAGAGCGAGGAAGCAGAUGACAAUAGCCCCCGUCGUCAGGAACAACAACAGCACCUGGAAAUAAAGGCUAUCGUGAUCCAGCGGGCCUGGCGUGCCAGCACGUCCCGGCGGGGACACGGCAACAACCACGGCGGCCAUCGUCGGGGUGAGACGGAGCCUCCCGAGAGCCAGCGGGACCCCGUGACGACCACCAAUAUUUCUCCGGAGCAGCUGAAGAGCCUCCAGAGUGGCUUUGAGCAUGUUAAUGAUGGAGGUUUUCAGCUGCAGAGUAAUCAUCUGACCAUGGACCUGGACAACAUGCUGCAUCUGGAGACAAAGGUGUUGAUUAUCCAACGGGCCUGGCGUGACUUCCUCCAGAGACAGGAAGCAGUGAAGAGGAGCCCCUCCCCACCCUCCCUCUCCUCUGACAAGAUGAGCAUGUCCAUCAGCAUGACAACCCUGUCAGAUGGGAGCACCCCAGAUUACCGGGAGGAUGGCAUGGACCUGGGGAGUGACGCCUCCAGUCGCUCCAGCUCAGAGUCCAAUUCCAACAAGGUCACACCGUGCUCCCCUUGUCUCGACCUGGCCACUUUGGAGGACUACAAAUCCUCUCCCUCCCUAGACCUGGCCACCUUAGAGGACUAUGAGCAGGACGAGGACUACCAAGAGUAUAAGAAGAAGGUGAUCGAGGAGUGGGAGAGUGAGUAUGGAGAAGACUCCAUCUCUCCACAGCCUCCUGGUCAAGAGGAAGGUGGAGGAGCCCCCGUGGGGGCGGACGGCCUUGGCGAAGGCUAUACGAAGGCAGUGAACAGUCGCAGCCUUGCUGAAGAAUUCCAGGAUGUGAAGCCCGUUCCACCCCUUCCGGCCUCCGGCGGCGACACGGCUACCUCCGCCGCAGCCGUCCCAGAGGAACUGAAACAGAACGGCAAUCUGAUUUUGCCCAGGAGCCAUCAGCUCCGUUCCCGCGGCGCACCGCAGAGGGCCACAGGGACUCCCAAGCCACGCCACCGGAGCUCCACUCGAGGCAGGGGGAGUCGCAGCACUAGCAGGGGUGCUGGUGCUGGUGGUGGUGGCGGAGGAGCCGGAGGAGGCAGUGGAAGCAGUGGAGGGACUGGGGGACGGAUGGGGGGCUACAAAGAGGAGGAGGGUGUCGAGGAGGAGCCUCUCCCCACCAUGGACUGGGCAGCCCUGGAGAGACACCUGGCUGGGCUGCAGUGCAGAGAGCAGGAGAACCAGAAUCUCAACCUCAACCAGAACCACAACAUGGGCAAGACCAACUACACCUCGGCCCAAAAGAAUGAGAGGGAGUCCAUCAGGCAGAAGUUGGCCCUUGGCAGUUUCUUUGACGAUGGGCCAGGCAUCUACACCAGCUGCAGUAAGAGCGGCAAACCCAGCCUGUCCUCACGGCUGCAAAGUGGGAUGAACCUCCAGAUCUGUUUUGUCAACGACAGCGGCAGCGACAAGGACAGCGAUGCCGACGACAGCAAGACAGAGACCAGUCUGGACACGCCUCUGUCCCCCAUGUCCAAACAGAGUUCGUCCUACUCGGACAGGGACACCGCAGAGGACGACUCUGAGUCUCUGGAGGACAUGGACUUCCUAAGUCGACAGAAGAAGCUGCAAGCGGAGGCGAAGCUGGCCCUGGCUAUGGCCAAGCCCAUGGCCAAGAUGCAGGUGGAGGUGGAGAAACAGAACCGCAAGAAGUCCCCAGUGGCCGACCUGCUUCCACACAUGCCUCACAUCAGUGAGUGUCUAAUGAAGAGAAGCCUGAAGCCCACCGACUUGAGAGACAUGACGCUGGGGCAGCUCCAAGUCAUCGUCAAUGACCUGCACUCCCAGAUCGAGAGUCUGAAUGAGGAGCUCGUACAGUUGCUGCUGAUUCGGGAUGAACUCCACAUGGAGCAGGAUGCCAUGCUGGUGGACAUAGAGGACCUCACCAGGCAUGCUGAGAGCCAGCAGAAACAUUUGGCUGAGAGGACCCUAUCCAAAUAAGAUGCCCGUACCCCCUCCACCUCCACCUCCCCCCCCCCCCCUCUCUACCAAGCUAAGCUCCCUAUCCAAACCAGACUUUCCCCCUCUGGCUAUUCCACCUCCGCCCCGUGUCGAUCCAAAUCCUGCCCGUCCCAAGUAUUUUGCUCCCCGCUGCUUCCCCCGUCUCCCCAUGUCUAGUUCCCGUCCACCCCACUGACUCCAGUGGUAGCAGCAGCGCAGAAGAAGGCCACCCUCUUUCGUUUGCUUCUGUGGUUUUCUCCCAGCGCUGAAGGACGGAUGAGCACUUCCUGGGAGAGGAGGAAAUUGAUUGUGUGUUGUCAUGGCAUCUGUCCCCAGCUUCCUGUGCUGUGAUCGGCCUCGCUUUGCUAUUGUUUCUUUUUAACUUUCUACAUUCGCCACUAAAUUAUAACUGUGAAAUGCAAAAAUUGUGUGGGGGGGGGGGGGGGGGAUUGCGUAAUAGUGAAAAAUUUAGUAGAAAGUCAGUCAUGAAAAAAAGAAACAACAUUGUAUGAAAAAAAAAAUGAAAAAGUAACUGAUGGAAACUAACUUCUUCAGACCAUUUUAAGUUGGACAGUAAUUUUCAAGUAUUUCCAAGUCAAUCUGUUUUUAUUCUGCACAAAUGGUAGUUUUCAACUGAGAAACGUUUAUUUGAAGGUGCUAUAAGAGUGGAAAGGAAACAUGCCUGCCUUGUAGUGGAGUCGUAGCUUUUGGUAAUACGUUCACUCUAAUUGCUCUUCAACAUUUUGUGAAUGUUGAUUUUCUGACGAGUCAUUUUAAAUGAAUAAGUGUGUUCAAAUCGUUUUCAUCCUACUGUAAUCCAAAAAACUUUAUUUGAGGGAAGAAAUGUUGAUGUACAGAUAUGUAAAAUAAAGAAUUAACUUUGUUUCAUA